AUGCGCUGCGACCGCGGCGCGCGGCCGGCGCUCGCGCUCGCCAUGGCCAGCCUGCUGGUGUACAUGGAGGAGGAGCCCGCGCCGCCGGAGCUCGUGACGACGACGACCCUGGCGGCGGUGUACGGCAGGGCACCGGUGGCGCUGCUGCUCGCCGCCGGCUCGGCACUGGAUCCACGGCCCUCUCACCUGAGGUACCUGCAGUACGUGGCAAGGCUGAGGGGGAUGACGACGAGGCAUGGACCACCAACACCAUCGCCCCUCCUCGUCUUGGACUGCCUCAUCCUCAGACCUGUUCCAGAUUUUGAUGGCAAUGGGGGAUGCAGACCGGUUGUCCGAGUUCAUGGUCGCCGCGACGCCGCCGCCGACUACGACGGCGAUCGGGCCGAUGAUGCUUCACCCAAGAUCCUGUUCAGCACACCGAGGAUCAAGCAGCACUUCAGGCAGUACAACCAGGCGAAAAGUGCGGUGGUAAAAGUUAACAUUGAGUGUCAAGUGCGAGGAGAUGUCGUCAUCGAGUGCGGCCAUGUCGGCGAGAACACAGAUGAGGAGGAGGAGGAAGCCAUGUUCAGGAUCAUGUUCAACACCUGCUUCUUGGAGUCCAACAUGAUGGUGCUCACCCUGGACGACAUUGAUCUGCCAUGGAACUGCAGAAGGGAGAGAUUCCAAGAGGACUUCAAGAUCGAGGUGUUCUUCUCAGAGGUGGAUGUAUCGGACAAUGAUAGUCAUACAGCAGAAAUGUUGGGCGAUAGCCAUGAUGGGAAUGCAGAGUUGUUCUAUGAUUUUGAUGACAUCUCGAUAGACUCGGGUUCGAGCUCAAAGUACCAUGAACAGCAUGACGAGGACGGGGAGAGCAAAUCGUCAGAGACAGGUGGUUGCAGUUCAGAUGAGAAGGGAAGCAAUGGCAGUGGCAAUGAGGUCAGAUUUUUGCCUGAAGCUGACGUCACCAAAGACAGCUUAGAGGAAGAAACAGGCAAUCGACAAGAGGAAAGCAGCAAUGCUGUCCAACCAACACUUGUCACGAGUAAAGACCCAAAUGCAGACACAGCGUCAGACUUGCAAGAAAGCAGAAUGGCAAAAGGCACUUCUCAAGAAGCCUGCAUACAAGAGGGGGCUGACAGUAGUGUUAGAACUGAAGUCGAUCACAACAGAAUGGCAGGUAUUGGAGCCCUGAAACCCCAGCCUAAGAGGAGAACAUGGCAAAAUCUCAGCAAACAAUCUGCCAUUCCGAUCGUUAAUAAGAAGAAAGCGAAGAAACCAGACAUUGGACCAUCAGAUGUUAAGAAGCCUUCGAAGGGAAAGAUGCUCCUCAAGCAAACCUUGCAGAAGGGAAUCCUCAUCGCAACUUCUAGCUGUAAGAGCAGUACGGUUCAAGCUAACACAGGUCCAGUUCCUCGCAAGAAACAUGCCAAUGCUAUCAGAUCGAAUCACGGAACAGGUCAAGCAACAAAAACUCCAACUCAUUCUAAAACGAAAUUGGAGAAUAGCUCACAUCAAGAAACAGGAGAUACAGCGACCCAAAAAGAUGAUGCGAUUGAAAACACCACAGAGACAGAACCAGCAACUUCGAUCAUUCAAACGCGUCCACCAAGCCCUCCAAGAAAAAGGUUAAAUCCAGAAGGCAGCAAAGAUAGCCUUAGACGACCUAUAGAAACAGCCAUGAAAUCACCUACUCCUACAUCUGGCAACUCAUCAACUGGAGGAGCAGCAAAACAGGAGGCGACAACGGCAUCAACCGAAGCACAUUCUGCAAAAGUGGUUCUGAAGAAAUCCCUGUCAUCACCAGCUAUCUCGCGAUCACUGACAACUACUUCAUCAUCAUCACCAAAGAGGAGGAGCAAUGUGACUUCUCAUCCUAGCUCAGUGCUGCGUAAGGCUGCAUCUUCUUCCUCACCUCGAGCACGAGCAUCAUCUCCUCUGCCACCAAUUCUGCUUAAGGUUGCGUCUUCUUCCUCACCACGAGCACGAGCAUCUCCUUCGCCACCAAGAUCACCUUUGGCCAGCUCCAAGGUCAGCAGAGCAGCAUCAGCUACUCGGCUAGCGACGCAGCCGGUCACAUCAACGCAUUCAAGGAUGCCUCGCCGUGCAUCAUUCGGCGAGUCAACCUCCACGAAUGGGCGUUCUCUGUCGCCGAGAACAUCUACGACUACAAAGAACCAUCCCAUUGGCAUGAAAGACAGCAGCAGAAGCUUGUCACCUCUAUCACCAAGAUCGGCAAGACCACGGCCAUCACCACUAGAGACACAUACUACAGCUACCACAGCGCCAGCAAGGCCAACAAGAUUUAGCUUAUGAUUUCCUGGACAUAUGAGUGCAUUUGUAGUCCUAUUGAAUUUUCAUAUUUCUAAGGUGUUUCAGUAUAAGGUUACCUCUGUCCAUGGCAAUGCACGGCGAUUUCUUGAACAUGUAACUAUUUUGGCUUAUUUCUGAUGCUAGAAUUAU